AUGAACCUCUGCUGGUUGUUAACGGAUGAAUGUGACCCCCCCAAUCUUAACCCCCACCAGGUGAACUUCACUGUGGAUCAGAUCCGUGCCAUCAUGGACAAGAAGUCCAACAUCAGGAACAUGUCUGUGAUUGCCCAUGUGGAUCAUGGGAAGUCCACUCUGACGGACUCGCUGGUGUCAAAGGCGGGGAUCAUUGCUUCAUCCCGUGCCGGAGAGACCCGCUUUACAGACACGCGCAAAGACGAGCAGGAGCGCUGCAUCACCAUCAAAUCCACGGCCAUCUCUUUGUACUAUGAACUUGGAGAAAGCGACAUGGCGUUUAUCAAACAGAGUAAAGACGGAAACGGCUUCCUCAUCAACCUGAUUGAUUCUCCUGGUCACGUUGACUUCUCCUCUGAGGUCACUGCUGCCCUCAGGGUAACUGAUGGAGCCCUCGUAGUGGUGGACUGUGUCUCAGGUGUGUGCGUGCAGACAGAGACCGUGCUGCGGCAGGCCAUCGCUGAGCGCAUCAAGCCGGUCCUGAUGAUGAACAAGAUGGACCGGGCCCUACUUGAGCUGCAGCUGGAGCCAGAUGAACUCUUCCAGACCUUUCAGCGCAUCGUGGAGAACGUCAAUGUCAUCAUCUCCACCUACGGAGAGGAUGAGGGGGGGCCCAUGGGGAACAUUAUGAUUGACCCUGUUAUUGGAACAGUUGGGUUCGGCUCCGGCCUCCAUGGCUGGGCUUUCACCCUAAAGCAGUUUGCUGAGAUGUAUGUGGCGAAGUUCACUUCGAAAGGAGAUGCUCAACUGGGACCAGCAGCGAGGUGUAAGAAAGUGGAGGACAUGAUGAAGAAACUGUGGGGAGAGAGAUAUUUUGAUCCAAUUGCCGGCAAGUUCAGUAAGACUGCAACCGGUCCUGAUGGCCAGAAACUUCCUCGCACCUUCAGCCAGCUCGUUUUGGACCCCAUCUUUAAGGUUUUUGAUGCCAUCAUGAAUUUCAAGAAGGACGAGACAGCCAAACUAAUUGAGAAGCUGGACGUCAAACUAGACUCUGAGGACAGGGAGAAAGAGGGGAAACCCCUGCUGAAGGCUGUGAUGCGUCGUUGGCUGCCUGCCGGAGAGGCCCUGCUCCAAAUGAUCACCAUCCACUUGCCCUCCCCCGUCACUGCACAGAAAUACCGCUGUGAGCUGCUCUAUGAAGGGCCAGGAGACGACGAGGCUGCCAUGGGUAUUAAGAACUGCGAUCCUAAGGCUCCUCUGAUCAUGUACAUUUCCAAGAUGGUCCCGACCACUGAUAAGGGUCGUUUUUACGCAUUUGGCCGUGUAUUCUCUGGCUGUGUGUCCACUGGCCUGAAAGUGCGUAUCAUGGGGCCAAACUUCACCCCUGGCAAGAAGGAGGACCUUUACAUCAAACCCAUCCAGAGGACCAUUCUGAUGAUGGGCCGGUAUGUGGAGCCCAUAGAAGAUGUCCCAUGUGGCAACAUCGUGGGUCUUGUCGGAAUAGACCAGUUUCUGAUUAAGACAGGGACUAUUACCACCUUUGAACAAGCCCACAACAUGAGGGUGAUGAAGUUCAGUGUGAGCCCUGUGGUCAGAGUCGCUGUGGAGGCCAAGAACCCCGCUGAUCUGCCCAAGCUGGUGGAGGGACUGAAGCGUCUGGCCAAGUCUGACCCCAUGGUGCAGUGCAUCAUCGAGGAGUCUGGGGAGCACAUCAUCGCCGGAGCAGGAGAGCUGCAUCUGGAGAUCUGCCUGAAGGACCUGGAGGAAGACCACGCCUGCAUUCCACUGAAGAAAUCCGACCCAGUCGUUUCUUACAGAGAGACAGUAAUGGAGGAAUCAGAUCAGAUGUGUCUAUCCAAGUCUCCUAACAAGCACAAUCGUCUCUUCAUGAAGUCCCGCCCCUUCCCCGACGGCCUGGCUGAAGAUAUCGAGAAGGGGGAGGUCAGCCAUCGCCAGGAGCUCAAGGCCCGUGCACGUUACCUCUCCGACAAGUAUGAGUGGGAGGUGACAGAGGCCAGGAAGAUCUGGUGCUUCGGUCCCGACGGAAGUGGGGCCAACCUGCUGAUAGACAUGACAAAGGGGGUUCAGUACCUCAACGAGAUCAAGGACAGUGUCGUGGCUGGUUUCCAGUGGGCAACUAAAGAGGGGGCUCUGUGUGAGGAGAAUAUGCGCGCAAUUCGCUUUGACAUUCAUGACGUGACACUGCACGCAGACGCCAUCCACCGCGGUGGAGGACAGAUUAUUCCCACAGCUCGUAGGGUCCUGUACGCCUGCCAGCUCACUGCUCAGCCACGACUCAUGGAGCCUGUGUACCUGGUGGAGAUACAGUGCCCAGAGCAGGUGGUCGGUGGUAUCUAUGGUGUGUUGAACAGGAAACGUGGUCAUGUAUUCGAGGAAUCCCAAGUGAUCGGCACUCCCAUGUUUGUGGUGAAAGCCUACCUGCCUGUCAACGAGUCCUUUGGGUUCACAGCUGACCUGCGCAGCAACACUGGAGGCCAGGCCUUUCCUCAGUGUGUUUUUGACCACUGGCAGAUUCUUCCCGGAGACCCCAGCGAUCCCAACAGCAGACCCUUUCAGAUUGUCGCUGAAAUUAGGAAACGCAAAGGUCUGAAAGAGGGCAUUCCCGCCCUCGACAACUACCUGGACAAAUUGUAG